AUGAGUCCCAGCAUCUCCGGAUCCAUCAGGACCGUCUCCGAGACCCCUCACGCGGACGACAACUCCUCACCCACCACCGAUCCUCACUCCCUCGGCGGGGACGGGGACGAGGACGACCCUGACGACAAGAACGCUGAGCCCGGCCAACCGCCUCGGAAGAGGCAGCGGGUGCGCCUCUCCUGUCUCGAGUGUCGACGGAGGAAGUUGUCGUGCGACCGAGGCUACCCUUGUGAGAGGUGUCUCAAGUCCGGCACGCCUGACCGCUGUACCUAUGAGUCCAGGCCGGGCCUGGCACCGCCGCCGAAGCCAGCGGGCAUCCCGCUGUCCCAGUACGAUGGCCGUCUCUCCCUAUCCAACGACAGCCUGGUCCGGAAGGAUGGCGUCCGAGACUUUGACCGCCUCCGGAGGCUGGAGAUGGAGGUGACGCAGCUCAAGAACCUGCUGGCCAAGUCUGUCGGCAGCGAUGGCAGCAUAACCCUCCACGACUCGCCGGCCGCCGUCCAGAGGCCGGAUCCAGAGCUGGUCCCGGAGAACAAGCUUCCCGAGUUCAUGCAGUAUGGCCAUGACGCGGACAACGAAAUGCGCUUCUUCCGCGGCAAGGAGUUCCGCACCCGGUACUUUGGACCACACAACGCCUCCAUGGCCUUUAGCCAGCUGACGGGCCUGUCCCCCUUCAUGAAGGAGACGGCAGAGGAGUGGCUCAAGCCGCUGCACGUGGCCGCGCGGACCAAAGACAAGCCCGGGAGGAAGGCAGAGCUCCAGGCCAAGUAUUUGAUGGCCGACCACGAGCUGGAGGCCCUCCUGCCGUCCAGGAUGGAGACGGACAUCCUCGUGUCUGUCUACCUGGACCAGUUUGAGCAGCUGCACCGCAUCGUCCACAUCCCGAGCUUUAAGCGACAGUAUGACAAGUUUUGGGUGCCCAACGAGGUCCGGCCUGCUGCCAUGACCGCCCUGGUUCUCUCCAUGAUGGCCGUGUCCAGCUGCAUGCACAGCAACACAUCCUCGCCGCCCAAGUUUCACGGCAUGGUCUCCUCAGCACACAAGACGGCCGAGGAGUGGAUAGCCGCGUGCGAGGAGUGGUACCGCAACCAGAGCCACAAGCAUCGCCGCCUCAUUCACUACCAGAUCGCCCUCCUGAUCUACCUGGCAAAGCGGGUCAACAACAUCAAGAAGAAGCGAUACUGGACGCACGCCGGCCUUCUGACGCGCGAAGGCAUCUCGCUGGGUCUGCACCGCGACCCCGAUGUCAUGAUCGGUGCCAGCCGGAACAUCUCCAUCUUCAACCAGGAGAUGAGGCGGAGGCUGUGGGCGACGAUACAGGAGUUUGACUUUCAGGCCGCCUUCGACAAUGGUCUUCCUACCAUCAUCAGCACUCUCCACAUGGACGCCAAACCGCCGAGGAACAUCAACGAUGAUGAGUUUGAUGAGGACUCGACGGAACUGCCAGAUUCCAGACCCAUCACGGAGUACACGGCAGCCUCGUUCCACCACCUCUGCAGACAGAGCCUCCCCCUGCGUCUAGAGCUCAGCAGGCUGCUCGCCGGCCCCCCGGACAAUCUAGACUACGAGCAGGUCAUCCGCUACACUAACGAAAUCACACAGGAGAUCGACGCUCUCCCCUGCUGGGACACGUCAGCCAGCAUGGAGGAGGACGGCUCGCCAAAACCACUCCUGGCGUACACGCUGCUCCACGUGCAGCUGCGACAGUACAUCAUGCCGCUGCACCAGCCGUUCCUACGCAUGCGCAAGGUCAACUCCAAGUACCAGUUCUCCGAGGUCAUGUUCUAUAACGCCGCGCGGGACAUGGUUCUGCUGCACGACAAGCUCACCGAGUGCGGUGUGCGGACCCUCAACUUCCUGCGCGAGGAUGCGCUGACGCUCGCGCUCAACCUGACGUCCGUCACGAUGCUGCAGCCACGCGGCUCGACCAACAUGAUCAUGGUUAACAGCCAGCACACGCUCAAGCUGCUAGAUAAGUGCUUGCAGAUGAAGGAGGACCGCAUUCUGCGGUGUGGAAACAAUGAGCCUUGGGGCUACAGCAUCAUGUGCGCUGCCUACGGGCUGCUGGAAACUCAUCUGGGCAUCAAGGACUCGCAAACUGCCAAGAGCUCGAGCGCCGAGAGGUUUAUCAACUUGCAUUAUCGCCUGCUCGCAGGCCAGGAGCCACCGCAACAACACCGGCAGAUGGCGGUGGCACAGCAACAUGGCCCGCAGCAGAACGCGGCAGGUGGACUACAGCUCCGGCCCGAGGGUCCCAGCCUUCUAGAGAGAGCGAAAAGCAUUACGCCUUUCGUCCACGGUCCCAAUCAUGGCGGAGUACCGGUGCAAGGCGCAGGCGGUGAGUUGCAAGCAGCACAGCCGACUCUGAACCCCGAGUUCAAUAUGGAGGUGCUCGGUAUGAACCUGAACGAUCUUUGGGCUGUGGACGCCUGGGAGGCGUACUAG